AGGAACAAGGAUGCAGCUUUCACAUCUUGUCCAGCACGGGUUUGUAAACAAAGGAUGUCAUCUCUGCAGGCUGAACUGCUGCUAAAAUACUGAAAGAUAUUGUAGCUGCUGACAAGCUGACCAGCAGGACUGACGGUGACUGACAGUUUAGGACAAGGAUUUCCCACUGUGUGCCAUGUGAUGCAAGAGUCAGAGUUUUCUUCUCAACUAAACCACUACAGCAGCUCAUUUCACUGUUUGUUACCUCUGUGCUUAAACGUGAAGCUUCAUGACAUCAACAGUUAAGUGUUUAGACUGACAACCUGCACUCUUGGGCCUCAUCGCCACUUGGAAAACCCCACUGUGGCUCACUAUGGGGAAAGGCUGUAAGGUCGUGGUGUGCGGCCAGGCGUCAGUCGGGAAAACUGCCAUCCUGGAGCAGCUGCUGUACGGCAGCCACACUGUCGGUUCUGAAUCCAGCGAGACCCAGGAGGAUGUGUACGUGGCCUCGGUGGAAACCGACCGUGGUGUGAAGGAGCAGCUGAGGCUCUACGACACCAGGGGCCUCCAUGAUGGACUGGACCUCCCCAAGCACUACUACUCAGUGGCAGACGGCUUCGUGCUCGUCUACAGCGUGGACAGCUUGGAGUCCUUUAAGAAGGUGGACAUUCUGAAGAAGGAAAUUGAUAAGUCCAGAGAUAAAAAGGAGGUCACCGUCAUCGUGCUGGGGAACAAGACAGACCUGCGUGAGCGCCGUCAAGUCGACCAGGAGACGGCACAGCAGUGGGCACGAGGCGAGAAGGUCAAGCUGUGGGAAGUGAGCGUCACCGAAAGGAACUCCCUCAUCGAGCCGUUCACCAUGCUGACCAGCCGCCUCACCCAGCCGCAGAGCAAGUCCGCCUUCCCUCUGCCCGGACGCAAGAGCAAGGGUACCCCAUCCAACGACAUCUGACAGUCUGCAGACACCCUGAGCCCGCGCUCCCUCUCUUCCCUCAUGCUGCGUUCAUGUCAUAUGGGAUCAACCACCGGAACAACUUUGGAAAUGUUAACACCGUUCCAACCUAAAAGACGUCGACAUGAUCGAAGCUCCUGAUCAGCUGUUUCCUCCUUUACGCAGUGAAUCAUUCCAGUUUAUUUGAACCCAAGCCAAACAUGUCAGUCACAAACUAAAAAUCCAGUAUUUCUGUCUUGCAAACGCACUUUAACAGUUCAAGACAUUCUCACAUGUCCACUUUGGUAUUCUGUAUCACUGACUGGUGUCACACAGCAGUGAUUCAGCCUGAAGUCACUUUAUGAAGGCUCUUGACAUUUGAAUCCUCCACACACAGUCUUUUACACUUGCUAGGGGCUUUAUUAAUGAUGUUUUGAAUGACCCACAGUAUGGCCUUUGUCAGGAAUUCAUGAAGGUUGCAAGUGUAAAAGACAAUUUACAGAAGCUCCUUUUUUUUCUUUUUGCUUUUGGAAUCAGUUUCUGCUAUACAGAAUCUUUUCUUAACAUCUCUCUUCCCUGGGAAAAAAUCCUUUGGAGCACAGGAAGUGAUGUGUUUUGGAGUCUCUCUUGCUGUGUUUGAAAUAAACAGCUGGGUAGUUAACUUGAGCAACAACAGUCAACAAAGUCAUCCCGCCCACACUCUGACUGGCAGGUGAUCUCUGGGAGUGCAGAGCAGAGACGCCACAGCAACACGACCUUAGCACCAAAGAUAGACUUUUACUUAAAAAAAAAAAAAAAAAAGUCUUGUAAGAGUUGUGAUUGCAAAAUGACAUGAAAACUGCUCAUUGCUCAUUUACUCUACAUUACACCAUUCCUACAGUUUGAGGUUUAACGCCAAACUCCUGAGCUCCAAAGCUGAAAGCUGGCAGUAUUUUCAACAGAAAUCUGUCCCAUAUGACAUGAAUGGGCGUUAUAUUUCCCUGUCCUCAUCUUUGUCCAGUCCAUUUCAAGCACCUCCGAGUGCCAUCUGAAGUGUGGUCUGGCAGCAAUAAUGCUCAUGGUACUACCUUAACUUGUCCUGUACGAUUUCAUACCAUUACAUCUGGCAUUAGUUGCACUCGUGUGUCUCAUCUAGCCCAUAGUCCUGUAGGCUGCUAGUUAAAACAUGUAGCUCCAAGCCUAUCUAACAUUAAGAGUGGCAGUGUUAGAGAAGAUAUUUAUUUUUUAACUAAUUUAUUUUUGUCACUUUAACAAACCGCAUUCCUUGACUUUUUCAGAAGAAAAUGGCAAAAAUGUGAAGCACAAAUUGUGCUGUUUAUUGUCUUUUGUGUUUCAAGAGUAAUAAAACUGAAUGUACUGCUAGUAGAACAGAGUAGGAGGAUCAAGACUUAAUUUGACUCAGUUUACUGAAAAGGCAGUAAAUUAAUCACUCCUUAAUUAAGCUUGGUCCAUGUCUUAUUCUCUGCUCUGUAAUGUUUGUGAUAUAUGCUAAGGUCUUAAGAUGCACUGAAUAAAAUGAGGCUUCUUGAUAUUAAAGCACUCUUGUGACAACUUG